UUCUUAGUCUGUGGUAUUUUGUUUAUUAUGAUUAUGAUGUGAUUGAAAUUUUUAAUACUUGUGAAUAUUAAAAUACCUAAUUCGUCUCAGAAUAAAAUGCAACGAAUAUUUAUAUAGUGUUAAUAUUUCUUUAAAUUAGGUUAAUUACCAUUUUUAUAAUUUCAAGAAAUUUGGAAACUCUAAUAAAUGUAAAUACAUAGAGCAGCGCAAUGGGGUGUCUACAUAGUAAAAAGGAAUCUUCAGAUCUGCAUCCCAAUGUAUUUCGUGUCGUAAAUAUUGACGAAAAUGGUGCAGACUUGUGCUCUGGUCAGUUGGAGAUCACAGAAUCGGAUAUUAUUCUUUACAGGGAAGGUAGAGAUUCAACAGUGUGGCCCUUGCAUUCAUUGAGAAGAUAUGGAUUUGAAGGAGAACUGUUUAGUUUUGAGUCAGGAAGAAGAUGUGAAACAGGUGAAGGUAUAUAUGCCUUUAGAUGUAGAAGAGCUUCCCUCCUUUUUCGAACUCUCCAACAACAAAUUCAGUUGAGAAAUGUUAUACAUGACUCUGUGCCGUAUCCUGUCUCAAGGUUGACUCCAUCGCCUCAGGGUAGACAAACACUACAGGCCAGUGUAGUUCAUCGCUCUUCUAUUGACAAUGGCCAGCCCGACAAUCACAUUCCAGCCAUCAAUAAUAAUCUGGCUAACAACAUACCACAUCCUAGUGUACAUGCUGUAACACAGUCACCAAGAUCACCUUCUAGUGCAGAUAUACUAGAAGUUAUGCCCUUAUAUCCACGUUCACAAACUAAUGGCAAUACUAAUGUUUACCAGUUGAGGGAAUUUAAAAGAGAACACAAUAAUAAUAAUCAGGGAGAUGCAUCUGAAUCACAUCAUGUUUAUAGCAAUGAUCUAAACAGAGAUUUAGCAAUAUUAAGAAAUACGUUGCGACAAGAAACUGUUCUCAACACUAUGAGAGAUAUUGAAGAUGAGACACGAUUUCUAGAAAGCAGAUAUAUAAAUGAGACCAUACCCAAUAAACAAAUAAGUAGUCCAUUGUCUCCCACAUUAAGUAGUUCAAGUGAGCAUUAUGCACAACUUAGUAUUGAGCAACAAGAAUCUGCUCGACUCUACAUGAACAUUGUACCAAAUGACAUGAAUGUUUCAGAAAAUAGUAAGAAUGAUACAGUACCUACUACUCCUUUAACACCAAAACAAAUAGACUAUUGUAAUUUGAGUGUUGGUACAAAGGCUGAAGUUAAUACAUAUGCUAAUUUAGCAUUGGGUGAAAUUGGUGAUAGUGUCAAGAAUGUCAAGCAGAUGUUAAAUUUUUCUAACAUAUCAGAACAUAAUCAGAAAUUUUCGGAAUCUGAUACUUUCACGUCAAUGUCGCCAGUGGAAGAGUUGGAAGUAAAUUAUGCUAUAUUAGACAUUGAAUCAAACAAAGAAAAUGGUAGAGUCUCAAGAGAUGUCGUAUCUCCAGAGAUGCAGUCUUAUAAUAGUUCCCGAAAUGAAAGCACGGCAUCGUGUUCGUCGCAGCCUCGCGGUCGACUCGUGUCACAGGGGAGUGUAGAAAAGCAAGUCACAACAUGCACAGCUGUGUCUCCUCCUUCUGCCACCAUAGGAUAUACUACUAUCGACUUUGAUAAGACUGUUGCUUUGACAUCAGUAGCUGCAGGUGCAGAUGUAGAUUUAGAUGGUCAACGCAAAACGCGGCAUAAUUCGUGUAAUGUAAUAUGUGGUAGUCCCAGUAGCGUCGACAAAAGUAAGUCUAGUAACAAUUAGGAAGCUUAAAAUGUAUUAUCAUCUCACAAAUUUUGCUACUAAUAAACUCUUAUCAACCAAAUUCAAACAAGGUGAUAAAUUAAGCGGGCAUAUUGUGAGCUAUAUUUUAGUGAGAUAAAAGAGGAGAGACAUCGACAUAAAGAUAAUACUAACAAUGGUGCCAAAGAAUUGAUACUUUUAAAAAUAGGUGUCUUUGUUCCAAUGCAGUGGUGUAUAACCUUACAAUAAUUAUACCCAAAGAAUAUUGUCAAUAUUAGAAUAAAAUAAACGAAAAAUUUGAAAAAAAUGCUAACAACCAUUUUCUUGGAUGAGUAUAAUAUAAAUGCAUAUAAAAACACGUCAAAUGCUAUAAAUUAAAAAUUUACUACUUAGCAAUUAUUUUGAAUAAUAUAUUUUUCACCUUUUACUCUCAUUUUUACUGAACCACAUUAUAUGUGGUAAAAAGGAAGGUUAUGAUUUUCAACUGACUUCAAACUGAAGUUCUCAAUUUGGUUGUUUUUUUUUUGUCAGUAUACUCUUAUCUCCGUCAGUUCCAGAUUUGGAAAAAUCUAUUUUAUUUGAAAAGGUAUAUCUUUACAGAUUGGUCCAAUAGAAUUUUUAUCAAAAUUGGUUCAGUAAUUUAGUUUUUAGAUCAAAAUAACUGGUUUUGUCACUAUUAAAGUCGGUUUUUUUUUUAAACACAAUCUUUAAUUAUAUCUGCUAUAAAUAAACUACUGAUCAUAAUUUCACUAGUGAGGUAUCUUUGGAGCAUUUUGAUCGUCCACUAGUUAUAGAAUAUGUAUACGAUUGAAAUCUGUUUUUUUGUGGAACACAAUCUUAAAUUAUUUAAUAGACAAUAAAUAUUAAAUAGAUAGUUUGUAUAUAACAAUUUCAGAUGAGAAUAAUUUCUUGUUUCAUACUUUUUGGGAGUAGACGGGUUUUAGUUUUUGAACUUACUUUUAAUAGGUGAAGGGGAGUAAAAAGUAAAAUAUACAGCCCAAAGGACAUUCAGAAACUACAUUUUCCGUAAUAUUGGCUUAUAAUUGUUUGUGAAUGGAGAGCAUAUAAUUUUCACAGUCCAUCUUUAGUUGUGAAAAUAUAUGAAUAAUAUAUAAUUUUCGUAUUUUAAAUUCAACUGUUUACGUUAUGUAGAUACUAGUUAGGUGAGAAAAUAAUUGAAAUAUGAUAAAACAAUAUUGUUAACGGGACUUUAUGUGCAAUAAUGCAUUGUAAAGUUUAAUAUAUUUUAAUAUGAAAAUUCCGUGUUCGAUGUCACGGUGUUCGUUCGCAUGAAAUUUUGUAAAUGUGUAUGGUUUUUUUUUAACUUGAGAGAUAGAUAAUAUUUGUCCCAAUAAAAAUAAGUGUACCCAUUAGGUGGCAAAACUACGUUUACUGGUUCAGCUAUUUAAUAAGUGGCAUAAUAAAAUUAUUAAUAUAAUAAUUUUCUGUUAAAUCAGAAUUUUUAUAAUUUAGUAGAGCUUACAAUAUUCUAUUGUUAUUUUUUAUAUUAAGCAUAUACAGUUGAGUUUAUUAUAUUUUUUUUAUCUUUCUACUAGAAAAUAAAUUUUCUUCAUUUUGUUUAACUCGUACUGGUCACUAUCUUCGUCUUUCUAUUUGAAUUGAUUUUAUUUCCGAACAAUGCAAAAAUGUAUUUUCAAGUCUCCAUCAACCCAUAACAUCCAGACCUGAGCCUAUUCACAAAAGUUUGUCUUCUUAAAUUGGCCUGACUAGGAUCAAACCCGAGACCUCAUUUACGUAAAGCAACGUACUUACUACUACAACACGAAGGUCAAAGUUAAGUCAUUUAACACUACGCUUUAAAAUACUAUUUUUACUUCCCACCAUACCAGUCAUAUGCUCGAUACCUGUGGUAUUAAAAAAAAACAUACUCUGUUGACUUUUAACUUGUGGUAAUUUUUGUUUUUAAAUGUCUGAUAAAUAGAAGUUACAGUAAUAAACUCAACUGUACAAUAUAAUAAUAGACACUUGUUUUUUACUAUUAUAUGAUAUUAUAUUAACUUGUAUUUGUUAAAUAAUAAUUAUCAUGAGUUAUACUGUUUUGUAAUUAAUUAUUAUUUGUAAUAAUUCCGAUUUUGUAAUUUAUAUAUACAUAGUUAUAUCUUUAUUGUAUAUAAGCAUAAAUACUCUUAAAAGUGAUGUUUCCUGUUAAAAAUGUUUUCAGCAAAACUUCAUUUUACGAUUAUAAGUUUAGACUUAGAUUAUAAACCAUAAAUCUAUUGUUGAUGAACAAGGAAAUGUGUAGGUAGAAUAUAUAAAAAAAUUUAGCAGGGUGAUUUCAGCCAAAUAUGAAGUAUAACUUUCAUAAUCGAUACCAAAGUUUAACUUUAUUUUUUACAAAAAUGUAUACCAAAUAUAAUACAAAAAUAUAAUGAAAAGUAGGUAGUAUAAAUAUAAACUAAUCAUAAACUACCUAGAGACACUAACACAUAAAGUAAUUAAGUAGUACAUUGAAUAUAAUUGGGGGAAAUUUGAUAUGAAAUACCUAGAUGCUGGAAUAACUUUUACAAUGUUUAUAUUCAAUUAUAGACUGAAGUUACUCAUUUUGAAUUUCCUUUAUGAUUUGUAAAUACAAUAGUUAAAUAUUUUACUGAACUAUAUGUUAUCUUGUGGAAGUCCAUAUCACUGGUUAUUUGAUUACAAAUAUUUUGUUUAAUUCCACUACCAUUAGUAUAUGUGUAACUGCCAACAUUCGAAUAUUGACCACCACUAUUACUAUCAAAAAUUCAACAACCUUAAAAAAAAGACACAAAACGUACGUGAACAAAAUAGCAGUCGGAAAUUGAUGACUAAUGUGGUAGGUUAUAGAAUAUACCAGAAGUAAAAAUGGUCAAUCUUCUAGUGUUGGCACUUACACAUAUACUAAUGGUAACAAACAAAUAAUUCUAGUCAAAUAACUAGUAAUAUAUUAGUUUGUAUUAUGUAUUACCAAUCUAUCCCGUAAGACCUUGAUAAAUGACAUGACAUAUGUAGUCUAUAUAAAUCUAAAUUGUAUUUAACAUUAUUAUCUCGAUACUGAAAAGGUAAAAUGUAUUAGGCGCUACUUUAGCUCAUAUUGAAUUAUAUAGUCAGCGUCAAAUUAAUCAGAGCAAGUUGAUGGUGAUUUAGCAGUCACAGAUAAUGCUAUGCCAGUUCACAAAAUGGCUAACGACAUAGAUUUUUUGGUUUAAACAGUACAGCUUUUAAUGGUUUUCUACCUUUCUAUUGACGCACAUUUUGCCUUUUCGUUUCUUUUUUUUUUUUUUGCUUUGCCAACGUCAAUACAGGUCUUACGGGAGAAAGGGGGGGGGGGGGGCGGGGAGGAAGCGCAGUUGGGCGGCAUACGAGUAUUUUACUCAAUCCUCACCCCCCAGUUCUCCAAUGACCUUUUAUUUUUCGUCGUUGUGGGGUGCCAGAGAGGAUAAGGCUAGCCUUGUUUCUAUUCUUUUAAUAUCUACUUUUUAUUCAUUUAUAUUCCAAGUAAUUGAAACACCAAUUGAGGUUUAAAUAAACACAUAAUGCCAUGUAGAAUGUAAUGUUGCCAUAAUUAGCUACCUGAAUUAUUUUCUAUGAACUUAUUACAGUAAUAAAAUCUAAUAAAAUUUAUUAUUGUCUAUUAAUAUUAAAUAUAAUAUUUAAAUAUUCCUCGACUUUAGUGACACGUCAUUUUUAUGGUCAUUACAUUGCUUGAUAUUUGCUUAUCCAAUAAAUGCCGAAAUAUUAGUUUUGCAUCCAUUAUGACCAUUUUAAUCUUUAAUUGACUAUUAUUUGAUACCAUCUGCGUAUUUUCUGUGACUACUUUUUUCGACAUAUUUAAGAUUAUUUUCUAGGAAAAUGCGUAUAUGUAUUCAUUCACAAACGUGUCUUUACAAUAGUUCGCUUAGCUUCUAAAGUGGGCACCAAACGAUGCUAGGGCGGGUAUGACCCACCCGUCUCCCCUUUAAAUACGUCUAUGACGACUAUUUCGACUUUAUCUCAACUGGAGUUUAAUUUCAGACUAUUGUAAUGAGGCUCAAAAUAGAAGCUAAAUCGAUCUCGUCCCUGUGUUAUAUUUUCUAAUAUAAGCAUUCAUUCGAUACUGCAUUAAUUGAGUCACGGUCCCCUGAGUGUAAUACAAAAAAAGUUACUUAUUUUAUAUACUACAGUACACCCAGGUACUGUAUACUUAUUAAAACGUACAAACAAACAUUUAUCAUUUCAUACUACGAGGUUUGUCCGGAAAGUACGUAUAAAAGUUUUUUAAAAAUUUUAUUUUACAAUUAUUCAGGUAAAUCAAUUUUAUCCCCUUCAAAGUACUCCCCUGUGACAUAAUGCACUUGUGCCAACGCCGUUUCCACUGUGAGAAGGCUCCUUGAAAGUCCUCUGGUUGUAGGUUUCUCAGCUGCCCCGUCGUAGCUUUUUUUAUCUCAUUUAUGUCCCCCAAAUGCCGCCCCCGAAGUACCAAUUUGGUUUUUGGGAACAAGAAGAAGUCACACGGGGCCAAAUCCGGCGAAUAGGGGGGUGUUCGGUCACCGUAAUGGAAUUUUUACUUAAAAACUCACGGACAACAAGAGAGGUGUGGGCAGGGGCAUUGUCGUGGUGAAGAAUCCAACGCCCCUCUCGCGCCAAUUCUGGACGAACUCGUGCCACACGAGCUUUGAGGCGUCUGAGCACAUCGACGUAGAAUUUUCCAUCAACUGUCUGGCCUGGAGGGACGAAUUCUUGAUGGACAAUCCCCCGAACAUCGAAAAAAACAAUCAACAUUGUCUUGACAUUUGAGCGGGAUUUUCUUGAUUUUUUUGUUCGUGGUUCCCCGGAUGUCUUAUCGAAUUAGAUCGGCAAAAAUUUCACGGCCAUUCUUGCCGAGUUUCGAGAGAAACUUGAUUACGACGCGCUGCUCUUCAACGGAAGCGGGCUCCAUGCCGACGGGGUUUCGUUAAGAGGUAACUUCACAGAUGGCGUGACAAGCCAGUCUGCACCGCACGGCGGUCAGACCAGAACUGAAGCAUUGUUAGGGACAUAAGGAAGGGGUCCUGCGCUUACCUGGCCUCCCCACUCCUCUUUCUCGCAUUCCAGAACACUUUUAUACGAACUUUCCGGACAGACCUCGUAUAUAUAAACGAUAUAGGCUACCAACAGGAUAAUUUAUUGGCCUAAUCUUGCCAUAAAAAUGAUGUUUAGCAUGAUUUUCCCAAAUUCUGUAACGUAUAUAUGUGAUUAUGUAAUAGAUGGUAGACAAUAGAUUGUAUUGCAUUUAUGAAAUACAAAUCAUAAAUAAUGAUAUACAUUCAAAUUUUGUUUAUUUAUUUAUUAGAAAGACCAACAGUAUUCUAACAUUGACAAUAAAUAUAACACAUAUAUAUAAAUUAUAAUAACAACCAGAUAGCCAAUAAUAGGUCUCAACGUAUAGUUAUGAAAUAUAAAAUAAACGCAUUAGAUACGCGUAGCAGUAAAGUUAGUAUAUAUAUACAAACACAUUGUAUUCAAAAGCUAAUACUAAAAAUGCAAGGACACAACCAUGAAAUUAUGCUAAAUUAGUAAUAAAUUAUAUAUACAUAUUUAAAGAGAUAAAAAUUGGCCAAUUUAAUGGAUUACAAGAAUUCAGGAUUUGACAUACUUUAGGUAUUGUCAUUAUUCCUUGAAGUAUAAACUUUAAACGUAAACUUUUAUAUUAAUGAGAAGUGACAUAAGUAUAUAUUUUAUUGUGUAAAUAUAUUUUUAUAUUACAUAUUUUAUUGUUAUACAUUUAUUUACUGAA